UCCAAAUAGAAAUCAUGAAGAACGCCCAUAUAUAAGAGUAAAUUCUUAAAAUUCUCAAAAUAGUAGUUUUUUUAUUCUUGGACAAGAAUACUCGUAGAGAAGAGAUCUACGUAACUGCCCCGCCCGAUCUGCCACUGCUUGAUCUACCGCCGCUGUCGGAAUCCACCGAAAAGUUCUAGAGUGCUUCCUCUGUUGCUGCCACUAGUGGCCGAAUCUCCUCCACCAUCACCGAACUGACCUGUCACCAACCGACUGACCACCCGAUUAUGCAAGAGAAUCGGGGGACAACUACUUGUAUUAUUUAAUUAGCUAGACUAGGGAUAUUAUGCAUAGAAAAUUAAUGUUUAGUCUUAUUUAGAAAAAUUUUAUGUUUUACUUUUAUUUAGGGAAAAGGAGUAUGUUUACCCCUAUUAAAACAUACUUCUCCUGCCAUUUGAAAAAACAGGUGCAACACAUGAACCUGGUUUCAAUGUUCCACAAGCAAGCCUCACAUCUCAUUGUGGACGAAAUAACAAAGCUCAAUUCAAGCAGACCUCAAUCAUGGCCGACCACAAUAUAUUACACCAUUGGUUGUACCCGAAUUGAACCAUCCUGCUUUCAACUUGCCAAACACUACCCCUGGCAAGGACGCCUGCCACUGGAUGUGAGAUAUCGACAUCCUUUUGCAGACAAACUAACUAGAUAUAAAAAUUUGAGUUUCGUGUUUUUUUUGUCUAAAAAACUCUCGCAGUUAGAACUUUAGUUUUUAGAAAAGAAAUUAUAUUGAUAAUAUGCAAUAUUGGUCUCAUAUGAAAGAUCAUAAAAAGUUAUGUAGUAUGAGUUUCGAUUGUUUUUCAUACGGUUAUUGUAAAAAUGAAAAAUUAUACCUUCCUUAUACUUUUAGAUCUGGCAUUCACACGUUUCAAUAUUAGCUCCCAAAUUUUUCCUUCAAUGCAACAACAUAGUGGUCCAAAUUCCAAAAUGUGAGUUUUAAACAUUUUGGACUGAUAAUAUAUACGGAGUAUGAAUUAUAAGUGAUUUUAAAGGACUAUUCUCCGGGACCUAUUUACCGUGGUUGUGUC